UUGCUCACCCACCUUUUAUUCUCUUCUCAAGCAUUUCUUAUCCUUUACUACUACUACUACUGAUAUUAUUGUCGUCAUUACCUUUUUGCCUCAAGAUCUUGAGUGCCCAUUUCCCAAAAGGUUUUGUUGGACCUAUUGGAGCCAUUUCUCUGGGUUAUGUUAAGUCAAACACAGAUUCUUAAUCGCAGGGAUGGGUUCGGGAGAUUGGUUUAAGACGAUUGUCAGCCUAAAGAAACCUAAAGAUGGCAGGUCAAAACGAACGAAGGGCUCCUCAACUUCUGAAAAAUCUAAUGCCUUCAAAUCAAAGAAUCAUCCACGGAAACUGUCUUCUGUGUUUGCCAAUGGGGCUACCAUUAGAAAUCAUGGGUCUCUUGGCAUGCCAGUUGAGGAUGUUGCUGCAACACGGAUUCAGGCUGCAUUUAGAGCUUACAUGGCUAGGAAAAAAUUACGUCGUUUGAAAGGGACAGUGAGACUACAGAGCCUGACUCGAGACUAUUCUGUCAAGAGGCAAGCUACAACAACAUUGACCCAUCUUCACUCAUGGAGCAAAAUACAGUCUCAGAUAAGAGCUCGUAGACUCUGUAUGGUGACAGAAGGUCGACUUAGACAGAAAAAACUAGAGAAUCAACUAAAACUUGAGGCAAAGCUUCAUGACCUAGAGGUGGAAUGGUGUGGUGGCUCUGAAACCAUGGAGGAAAUUAUUGCAAGGAUACAUCAGAGAGAAGACGCAGCAGUUAAGCGGGAGCGCACCAUGGCAUAUGCCUUUUCUCAUCAGUGGAGGGCCAACUCCGGUCAGAAUCAUGGGCUGGGGAGUUACGAACUUAGUAAAACUAAUUGGGGUUGGAGCUGGUUGGAACGCUGGAUUGCUGCUCACCCAUGGGAAAGCCGUGUCCCUUCCAAGACUAUUACCCCAAAGAAAUUCCAGAGUAGGCAGUCCAGCAAAGUUGGUGGAAAUCUAAAUCCAUUGACACCAAAAAAAGAUGUUUCAGUCAAACCUCCUUUGGCCAAUGGUAAGGGAACUACAAAGGCCCGUAGAUUGUCUUACCCUACUGCUGAAAAACCAGCUGCACUUCAAGGAGGCAUUAAAACUGAGGAGUCAGACAAUAAGAAAGAACAGUCGGUGGCUUAGUGCCAAGCUAAUGAUGGAAAUAGAAAAUUGUCUAUUGGAUUUUCCAGGUAGAAAUGUUGAAAUGUGAAUGAAAAGCAAAUUUGCUAUUUAUGUGUUCAUAUCUGAUUUUGUGUAUGGGGGAGUUGCUUGGAAGCAGUUCAUUUUGCCCGCAGUAUAGAAUAAUUCAAAAGACCUGGUUAUGGAACUCACCUAGUCAUUGUUUCCUCUGUCCUUAUAUUUGUUAUUUUCUUUCUUUCUUUCCCUAUAACGUGUAGAAUGAAAGAAAGACAAUAUAUUAUUGAUAGUAUAGAUAUUUGUUGGUGAUC